AAAAGUACCGGUGCUUUUUACUAUAGUUUGAUUCGGAAUUUUUUACAGUGUAGCUUCUAAUUUUCUGUUUGGGGAAAAUAAAUCUUUACAUCAAGAAGGAUAAAAUUAGUGAAAAAUUCGUCUUCACAGUCAAAAUUGAAUAGUACUUAAAAAUUAAAUGCAUUGUUUUUUUCUUUUCAGACGGAUCAAAAGAGAACAUUUUCUGCACUUACAAUCUUCUGAUAACGGUUAUCAGGCGUAGAACGAACUUGUGUUGUUUAUCUGACUACAAAUAUGUUCUUUAGAUACUUUAAUGAUGGACGUAAAGAAAAGCUGCAGAAGAUUUAAUUGCAGUGUUAUUUGUGCAAGUUAUUUGUUGCUUUAUUAUAAUAUCAAAUAAAUAAUUUAAGAUUUAAAAAAAUGAGAGAAAAAAUUAGUCUACUAAGAAUUUCUUCAAAAAGCCUACCAACCAAGAAGCUUGCAGAAGUCCAAAAGGAAAAACCGAAAAAUAUGCCUUCCUCCGUGAAUUAUCAAAAAGUCGUUGAAGAGUACCGAAAAAAUGGAUGUUGCAAGAUCGAAAACUUCCUGGAUCAAUCCGAAUUAGAUGAUAUGCAAAAAGGUUUGAGCGAUGCUCUGAAGCACAUGACUGACGAUCUGCAUGUUUAUUCUUCUUAUAACAAUCCAAAAUCAAAAGAAGAUUUAGAGUACUAUAUCAACUCGGGAGACAAAGUAGCAUAUUUCUUUGAAAAUGAUGCAUUUGAUGAAGAUGGAAACUUAACAGUCAAAGACAAACAGAAAGCUUUGAAUAAAAUAGCAUAUGCUUUGCACUGGUGGAAUCCCAAUUUCAAAAGAAUUUCCUUCAAUCAAAAAAUAAAAGAUCUACUUCGAGCCUUGGAAUACAAGGAUCCAGCUAUUUGUCAAAGCAUGUUAAUAUUUAAGCAUCCUGAAAUUGGAGAAAUUUUCCGUCCUCAUCAGGAUUCAACUUUUCUGUACACUGAGCCAGAAAGCUGCAUUGGAAUUUGGUUACCAAUGGAAGAUGCUACACUGGAAAAUGGCUGCUUAUGGUAUCUGCCAGGAUCCCACAAAAGUGGAAUUCAUGUAAGAUAUGUCAGAAAACCAGGUAACGAUCCUUUCUUAGUCAUGGAAGGAAAGAUACCAGAUGAUCUCUAUAAUGAAGGUUAUGUGCCGAUUCCUGCCAAAAAAGGUGAUUGUGUUCUCAUUCAUGGACAAGUUUUACAUAAGAGUGGCAGAAAUAAGACUGAUAAACCUAGAGUUGUAUACACCUUUCAUGCAAUAGAAAAUGGUGCUGAAUGGAGUGAAAAAAACUGGGUACAACCAACUACAAAAUUGCCUUUCCCAUCAAUAUAUGCCAAUUAACAAAGUAGAAGGACUGAUGGUUUUCAAUUUUAUCAUCUUAUGAUGCUGAGUCAAAAUGAUUUUCAAUGCUUUAAACCAAUCUUUAUAAAAAGAUAUUUUUAAACAAUUUUAAUUCUUUGUUUAAUAAGAAGUAUGCUAUUAUAAAGCUAUUAUUAGCUUAUAUAUUUUGAUAUUAAAUAUCAUGUCAGAUGUAAUAAAUCAAUAAAGUUUCAUAUUGAAAUCUAA